AUGCGCCGUCCGUCUGCUGCCUGCCGCAGAGCAGUGCAGUCGCUCCAAUUGCCCACUGCCCAUCACAUAUGGAUCUCUGACGACCUCCUCGUCCGCGCCCUCCAUUCAUUUUUCCCUAGCUCGUGUCCACACCAGAGACGCCAUGGCAGCAAUGUCCCGGGGCCAUUGGAGGCUAGGAGGAGGGCAGCCAAGCGUCGGAUGACUGUCUCUGCGGGGUUUCAUCCUCAAUACACCUUCCAAUCGCUCUUCAACCUGGGCGUUCUGUUUGCCUUCCGCAGAGAGUCGCAGCCCGCUUGGAGAUAUGAAGCGCCAUCCUUGCCACACAGGACCGAGCCAUUGGACCUUUCCUCGACUCCCCAGCCCAACCCACUCGCCUUUCCAAACUCUGACGAGUUCGAAUACACCUCUACUGGGAAUUCAAGUGGGGAUAUCGAACGGAUUAGCGCGCAUAUCUUGGCCCGCUUCGACGACUUCAAAUCCGAGGUCGUAUGCGCUGGAGACCUAUCCUUUGCUGAGCGCAACAGACUCCUUGCCAAUGCCUGGAAGUCCUGUUUUCCAGUCCACUCGGAUGCAUGGAUAUACAAUACUAUGGUAGUCGAGUACGUGGUAGAACUUGGUUGGGAUCCUUCAAAUAUUCUCUCGGAACACGAAUCGUUCGCACUUCCGCCCAUGUACACAUCGCAAAGCCAAGACUUUCUCGACAGUUUAGGGAAAUCUUCAGCACGUUUUCCAUACGCUGCCAAAGUCUACCAUGACCUUUCCAUGAGAGUGGUUGAGUUGGCGUGGUCUGCCCCAGUCUCGAAGAACUCUUCACAGGACACCGAGCUUCUCUCCAUCAUUCGGCUGGCGCUUCAAGGCGCUCUUUCACCAAACAACCAGAUCGAGCCCUCUAUAGCACACACCUUGGCUUUGGUCACGGAAAAGAUUCAAAACAUCGACAUUCGAGAGGCGUUGCGCUCAAUCUUCACAGGCGAAAACAGUGUACAACAAAGCACCAUAUUGUUACUUGCGCGUGCUGCGACCGACUACAGGCUCUGUACUACUCUAGAAAAGACACUUUUCUGUCUUCCACGAAAGCAGCUUCAAUCGCUUAUACCAUCGGUUACCACAUCUCUGGUCACAGCUGUUGCGCGGGAAACUAAACUGCGGAAUGGGGCUCAUGAAUAUCGCCUCGACGCAUGGUUAACGGUGCUUGAAGGUCUCGAUAAACGUUCAGCCUCUCACGCGUCUAGCGCAGACCAUCUCGACACUGCGAUUGCAGCAGUGAACAAGUAUGUCUUCAGGAACAGCAAUCCUGGCAGAAUGCAAGGCCAUGUGUUGCUUCACGCCUUGACAUUUCAAUUGACACAGCAAACACUGUACGCAUCUUACAGAGAGAGGACAUUGCAGCUCAUCUAUGCUCCCGUACAUACGUCUCAAGAACCUCUAGAUUUUGAAGCACUCUUAGGGCGUGUCUUUGCUCGCAUGCGAAGAGAAGGUUUACCUUGCACACCCUUGGUAGACCUGACUGUAUAUACCUUCACUCGCCAUGCCGAUUUGAUAUCCGUAUAUCGCAUCCUAUCCAUAAUAAAACAGCACGGAUUCAUGCUGGAAAACGCAUCAAGCAUCCAGUCUCGAUUCAUAAAAAGAGCAGCCUCGCUCCCCCGCAAAACCGAAUCGAUGAACGAACAAGCCCGUCAACACUACGCCUUUGCUCUACGCACCUGCCAAGGCAUAACCGACCUCCUUGUCAAACUCAUCUCUUCUUCUACAUCCGCCGCAAGCGCCCUGUCCCACACAAAGAAACAUCUGCUUUAUCUACAAGCCCGCCGCGAAUUCACUGCAAUCCUCGAUCGUGCCUCCGCAAAUCGCGCUCUACCCCAAGUCUAUGCCACUACUACGGCCGAUAUACCCACUUCGGACCGCACAGUCCUCAUCCACCAACUCGCUCAUUUCUACUCGAUCAGCACCACACGCUCCCAUCGUGAGACGUGGCGCUCGAUAUACUACCUUUACAACUACCUUCAGACGUACUCGCUACCUAUUGGUCCGUUGUUCACCAAAGCCGUGGUGCGCGCUGCGAUCAUCCGGCCCAUGAUGGAACAUCGAUUCAUCAGUGCGAGAAGACUGAUUUGGGUCUGUCAUCUUGUUGCGCGGGUGGAGGGCGAAGACGUAGCGAGGCAGAUUGAAAGUAGUUACUGGCGCUGGAGAGGCGAGUUGAUUAAACACGCUAAGCGGGCGCAUGAUGAUGCGGGGGGAGAUGUGAAAGCGAAGGCUAUGAUAGGGAAGAUGAAGGGGUUGGGGUUGAUUUGA